AUGGCUGCUGGUUUGUGAAGAAGGAGUAGAGAAAUGGCUGCCACCGGUGAUGGAGCGAAUGAGGGGGAAUACAAUGACCAGAGACCAAGCAACAUCGAAGGGGACGAAGAGAUCAUGAGCAAGAGCCUGCAGAUCCAGUCCAAACGAUUUUACAUUGAUUUGAAGAGCAAUCGUCGUGGCAAAUAYAUUAAAAUCAGCGAGAUGUCUACAAACAGAAAUGUCAAGCGCAAAGUCAUUCUCACAGUUGGAUGUGGAAGAGAACUGCGUGACAAGUUGACAAUCUUUGCAGAGUUCUUGGCUCAGCAAGAUACAGGAGCAUCUAAAGCUGAGGAGGCAGUGCCAGAGGAUGGUCGCUUGAAAAGUGAGAUGAUUAGCGGUGAGACCAAGAGGUACUACCUGGACUUAAAGGAGAACAACCGUGGACGGUUCUUGAAGGUCAGCCAAGCACCCCUUUCCCGUGGGCGUGGUACCAUGCGUAAGGAGAUUGCCAUACCAGCUCAGGGUAUUGUUGACAUCAGGAAUAACCUGUCUGAGAUAUUGGAGGAGUGUGGUUCUGAUGAUGAAGAAUGCCGUGUUUUGCCAAAGCCCUGUGAGCUACGAAUAGAGCAGAAGAAAUUCUAUUUUGAUGUUGGAAACAAUGCACGUGGAGUUUUUCUUAGGAUCUCUGAGGUCACUGCUAAUUAUCGUACGUCGAUCACUAUUCCAAAAGUUGGAUGGGCGCGGGUCCGAGACACCAUUGGUGAUAUGCUGGAUAGCAUGGAGGGGGAAGACUGAACCGUACAUUUAUUGUUUUCAAUUCCGUAGCAUGUUCUAGAAUUAUUUCCAAAUGGUGAUUUAUAAAAUGACGUCACUAUUCUCCCAGAAUUCCUUUCGAGCCUUUUGCAUUUCACAUUUCAUUCUAAUUUAACAAGAUUGGCUACUUACAGCUGGCUGACAGGAAGCCACAGUUUAUUAAACUUAAUAAUGCUUGUGCCUAUAUUUAGAUCAUUACGUCAUACUAGUAAGCAGUAUGAGUGUAGGAAUGAUCCUUUCUCCUGGUGACGUCAUGUGAUCGGCGAAGUGCACUAUGGGAUUGACGAAAGUGCAAGGGAAACCAUGUUGUGUUUCAGGCUGUUUUGCGAACAGCAAGCAUUAGGUAUUACUCAGACAGGUCUUUGAGUAUACUUUAUUAUGCAAACAUCUGAUUUAAUGUUCAUUUAAAGCAUCCUGGRCAACGGAUAUUCAACGUUAAGUUUCCAAAGAAACUUCGUCUUCCGUUGUUUUAACAACACAUCCGCCAUCUUGAUAUCUUUAUCAAUACCAUGAUGCACUUCGUCGAAAAAUACAUGACGWCAUUAGUGAAAAGGUCUAUGGUCAGUGGUUGUCUUGUAAAAUAUACAAUGCCCACCACUAUAAAUAUUCAGCUCGUUUUCAAAUGACCGAGCAAGUGUAAGGGACUGGAAGUGAUUUUUUUCUGAUGUUAAUAAAUGAACUGUCAUUUUGGAGGAGUGCAUUAUGGGAUGCCUUGAGGUUAUUUUACAGCGUUGGUUAGCACUAUUUCAUUAUUAUACGUUUAUACAAUUCGCAGAAUUUGSACACAUUUUGAUGUUUAACUAAUAAGUUUCUCAGACGAAGAAUUCUGGGAGGAUAAGAUUGUGACGUUGUUUUAGUAAUCAAGUCUUCGAAGUUCGGUAAAAUAUUGAAUUACUUUUAGACAAUUAUUAUACCUAUAAACGACAGGCCAGAGAAGCGAAAGAAAAUUUAAAGGUUUUCGGUCUUCCUGUGGUGGARUAGUGGUAGACUGGAGACGGGACUAGACCUCGUCUACUUCCUUUGCACUAACACAGGGAGCCCGUGACAAAUUUCUAAAUUGACAAAAGCAAUGAUCAUAACUGUAUUGUGUCCGCUCGACACAGGUAGCCCAAUAUACUCAGAACAGUUGAGUCUUCCUUAUCAGAACCUUAGAGAUUUUCUCUCGCUGAUGACUACUUAUUAAUGUAUUUUGAAAGCACCAAAACAGGUGAAUCCUAAGCAUGAAUUAAUACAGCGCGCUAUGUACUUUCUAUUAAUAAUAAUACUUCUAAAUAGAACACAUAUCAUCACCAUAUUCCUUGGUGGUCCUAUAAAUAUCCCCAACCCUCCCCACAGCCCCCCGAUAAAGACCUAAUAUUUGUUAACAUUGUAAAUCAAAAGAAUUCCCGUUUACCGCUGUUAGUGGAGACUAACAUGAAUCCAUUUAUAUACCAUGGUGCAAUAGUGACGAUAUGUGUGAAGCCGUUAGCAUAAACUUAUAACCCUCACAGAAGACAUUGAGAAAUAGCGAUAAUACUUGUUGUUCUCAACAUUUUGCCGUGUGGCAGCSGAURAUAUAUCAGCUUUUUCUUGGUUAUACGUGAGAGAGCGGUAAAAACGAUCAGUCGUGUCCAUUCAACGCCAGUAUUGUACGUUACCAAGGGGAUCCAUAAACAUUUUACGUUAUUUGUCGUCAUCGGUUCUGACGUCACAUGGUAACGGUUGCUAAGCAAUAGUUGUAAUGAUGUAUGUGGUAUUAGUUGCUAAGUAACAGUAUCUAUGCUACUUACGUAAUCAAUUUACUGGUGGACAGUUGACAUGGUUUUUUCUACUUCUCUAUUAUAUAAAAAAAGUUAGUUUCUUGGAGAUGUUUUGAAACCAAAAAAUUGUUUCCUUUUUGAGCGAGGUGGCAGCAUUCAGUUACGAGUGUCACACUCUGGGCAGCAACGGCAGCACUAUCAGCAGCAGGAGCGUGAUAAAUAAACUUGUUGAAAUACCUUUA